UCUAUAAAAGCCCUUUUCCGCUGUAAACUAGUCGGGGGAAUUUUCACCUUUCUUCCCGGCAGGUGAUGUGCAGAGGAGCUCGAGAAGUCCUCGAGUUGUAUAUGAACAAAGCACCAUCGCCAUCAAGAAAUCAUCUCCUCGGUCUACCUCCUAAUUCGGAAAUUGGAUCAUAGCCCCACGGGUAAUUUGGCGUUUCUUCUUUGACUCCACCUGCCUCUUAUUCUAUCACCAAGCGAACUCUAAACACCCUUCAAGAUGAUGCAAAUAAUCAACGACCCGGCGAGCAACAAGCACUCCCUCAUCAAUAUGAUGAACCGUUUCAUCGCGGCCGCCAACAACAUGGAUGAAACUAUCAUGGUGCCGAGCUUGUUGCGGGAUAUGCCGCUGGAGGAACGAGCCGAAGCUGCAGAGAUUGAACCCAACAACAAUCAGCACCAGCAGCAGCCCUGCCUCAUCAAGCAACGGGAUAUGUACGAGCACUACCUCCUCCUCAAGUCGAUAAAGAACGACAUGGAAUGGGGGCUGCUGAAGCGGGAGCUGAGUAGCGGAGCCAGUUUCCUCGAGAUGGCCGUCAAACAGGAAGAGCAGAAACCGGUGACCGGGGAUCUGCCCAACGAGGACACCAACUCGGACUUGGAGGAACAGUUCCACUUCCACCUCCGCGGACUGUUUGGUGUCCUGUCGAAGCUCACCGUGCAAGCAGACCACCUCACGAACCGCUACAAAAGGGAAAUCGGGGGUGGGAAUUUCAUGAGAUAGGGUUUGCUUAAGUUAAACCAGACUGCACACUUCGUUAAGACAGGCUUGUUUUCAAAGAGAACGUGGCCGCCACCUCUACUAAAAUAACUGCAAUGGACAGCAAUCUGACCAGGGCCUUUUCUUUCCCAUUCCUUUCAAAGUAUGCGCCAUGCCACCCUUUCCCCAACGUCAGCCAGCUCUACUAAACUUAUUUUAAACACCUGCUGUACUGUACCCUGAGCCUUUAGGAUCUUUUUAAACUGGAUUAUUUGCAUCGUCUUGAGGAUAUAGACACUUAGUGGUUAUGCAGAAUCUCCCCCUAGUCGUUCA